AUGGACAGCAGCAGCUUCCCCGCCCCUUCUCCUCUCUCGAGUCCACGGAACGACGAGGCCACAGCGCGGUUGCUCAUCACGGCCAUUCUGCUAUGUGUGGUGGCCUGUGUGGCGGCCGCCCUGUGCUUGAGGGUGAGGCAGACCUGGCACAACAACAAGGAGCGCCGGCGGCUGACAAAGCGCGUGGCGUGGCUCCGCGACCUGCUCCAGCUGCUACCAUCACUGGCGGCGGCCGAGAAGGAGAAGGGCGGCGCCAGCGCCAGCACGACGACGGCCACUACAGCGCAAACUGUCAGGACGGUGCUGGCGAGGCGACUAGAGGCGACGGUGAGCAAGGUGGACCGCCUCGCCGCGUCCGCGUCCAUGUCCAUGAGCAGCUGCUGCUGUCUCUUGGGCUUCGCCAGGAGCUACGAGCUGGCCAGCAGGCUGGAGCGCGCCAACAAGGACGUCGACGAGGUCUACACCCACUUGCUCCCCGUCGUCACCCAGAUCGACGCUACGCAUCGCGUCGAGCAGGUGCUCGUCGGAGUCAUGCAGCAGCAGCAGCAGCAGCAGCAGGAGCAGGGUGGACAUGAUGGAAAUCUGGCUGCGAACAAGGACAAUCAUUCGGACGCCCAGCGGCCCGCAAGGGCGCAAGAUAGCCUCCCGCUAGGUUUUGUCGACAGUUUGGAAAUAGUCACGGUAGAAGCAGACGGUGAAAACUUUGCCGACAGCUAUUAA